CCGUCAAGAUCAGAUAUUUUUUUCCUCAUUUUCUCUUCUAGUCUUCCUCAAGCCCGCGUAAGAGAAAGACCACCGGGUCAAAACCGGGCCCCACUUUCACCUGCCUCUUCGAUUUCCAAACCCAUAAAAACGACGAUCAAAUUCUUCAAAUCAUCCCCCCAACAAAUUCUAAUUUCUAAAUUUCUAACAAACUUUUUAAAGAUGAGUAAAUAUCUGGCGGUUGUUUUGGCGGUGGCGGUGGCGGUGGUGAUACUAGCAACGCCGUUAGCAGUGGCGCAAGAAACACCAUCAUGCGCGUCGAGGCUAACUGGUUGCCUGAACUACAUGAACGCCACCACAACGCCGCCGAGUAGCUGUUGUAAUCCACUGAAAGAAGCGGUGAUGAAUGAAAAAGCAUGUCUUUGUAGCAUAUACGGAAAUCCUGCUUUAAUUCAAGCUUUUCAUAUAAAUGUCACUCAAGCUCUCAAUCUCCCCAAGCUUUGUCAUAUUGAUACUGGAAAAUCUCCCAACAUUUGCACAGGUGUGGCGACUUCCCCAUCUUCAACAUCAACUCCUUCAAGAAGCAGUCCUCCUGGAAAUGCUGCAGGCAGGAUUACAGGAGCUGGAUUAGUUGCCUCCUUACUCAUGAUGUUUGGAGCAUACUCUAUGUUUUAUUAGAUUGUUUUACAUGUAAUGUUUUAUGACAUUAUAUUUAAUCAGCAUAUGUAAUGUACAAGUUAUUUGAUUUUGAACUAUGAAUUGAUGAUCAUAAAUAUAGAUCUAAACUUCACUUCCA